AUGGCGCCUAUUGAAUAUCUGCUUUUCGAAGAGCCCACGGGCUAUGGGAUCUUCAAAGUUAAACUACAACAAGAUGACAUUGGAAACCGUUUGAAGGAAGUGCAGCAACAAAUUAACGAUUUUGGCGCUUUCACCAAGCUUGUGGAAUUGGUGUCGUUUGCGCCUUUCAAAGGAGCCGCUCAGGCGCUUGAAAACGCUAAUGACAUCUCCGAAGGUCUUGUUUCUGAGUACUUGAAGGCUGUUCUUGACAUGAACCUGCCCAAAGGCUCCAGCAAGAAACCUGUGACUUUGGGUAUCUCUGACAAAAACUUGGGUCCCUCCAUCAAGGAAACUUUCCCAUACGUGGACUGCAUGUCGAACGAGCUGGCCCAGGACUUGAUCCGUGGUGUCAGAAUGCACGGCGACAAGCUUCUAAAGGACUUGCAAAAGGGCGAUCUGGAAAGAGCGCAGUUGGGUCUAGGUCACGCGUACUCGAGAGCCAAGGUGAAGUUCUCCGUCCAGAAAAACGAUAACCACAUUAUCCAGGCCAUCGCUUUGCUCGAUCAGCUCGACAAGGACAUCAACACCUUCGCCAUGCGUGUCAAGGAAUGGUACGGCUGGCACUUCCCCGAGCUUGCCAAGCUCGUCCCCGACAACUACAAGUUCGCCAAGCUUGUUCUGUUCAUAAAAGACAAGGCUUCCCUAUCCGAAGAGUCCGUCCAUGACCUCGCUGCUAUCCUAGACAACGACGCCGGCAUUGCUGAACGUGUUGUUGACAACGCCCGUAUCUCGAUGGGUCAAGACAUCUCGGAAACCGACAUGGAGAACGUUUGCGUGUUUGCUGAAAGAGUGGCCUCUUUGGCCGACUACCGUAGGCAGCUGUACGACUACUUGUGCUCCAAGAUGAACACUGUGGCUCCAAACUUGUCCGAACUGAUUGGUGAAGUGAUCGGUGCUAGAUUGAUCUCGCACGCUGGUUCUUUGACCAACUUGUCCAAGCAAGCUGCCUCCACCGUUCAAAUUCUAGGUGCUGAGAAGGCUUUGUUCAGAGCUCUUAAGACUAAAGGUAACACUCCAAAAUACGGUCUAAUCUACCACAGUGGUUUCAUUGGAAAAGCUGCUGCCAAAAACAAGGGUAGAAUCUCGAGAUACUUGGCCAACAAGUGCUCCAUGGCCUCCAGAAUCGACAACUACUCUGACGAGCCUAGCAAUGUUUUCGGUCAGGUCUUGAAGAAGCAAGUCGAACAAAGAUUGGAAUUCUACAGUACAGGUGCACCAACUCUGAAAAACGAGCUUGCAAUUCAAGAAGCUGUUGCCUUGUACAACAAGGACAAGCCUGAAGAGACUGUCAAGGAGUCGAAGAAGAGAAAGCUAGAAGCUAGUGACGAGGAAGCUGACGAAGACGACGCCGACGACAAGAAGGUCACCAAAAAGGAGAAGAAGGACAAGAAAGAGAAGAAGGACAAGAAGGACAAGAAGGAAAAGAAAGACAAGAAAGAGAAAAAGGAGAAGAAAGAAAAGAAGGACAAGAAGGAAAAGAAGAAAUAA